AUGCGUCCAACGUUACGACGACGUUCAGCUACCGCCGCAUUGGAAGAGCCAUCAGAUGAUGUUGAGGUGGGAGGUGGAAUGGGUGAUAAUGGAGUUCAUGAGCUAGUUGAUGUUGAGGGUGAUACAUCGGUUAACUUUUCCCAAGAAUCGAGACCAACAACAAGUAGAAUUAAACUUUGCAAACGUGACAUUGAUGAAGAUGAGGAUGAAAAUCAACCAGUGAUGAAAAUCCGUCGUAUCACAACCCCGGCAUAUGCCAUUCGACGAAUUGAUCGCCGUAUAUGGCCAAGCGAAAUAGCCCGGAAAAAUUGCAAUUAUGGAAAGUCGAGUGCGUAUAGCGUAAGAAAAGAUCAAGAAUUAGCACCUAAUCCAAACAAUCCUCACUUCUGUUUUACGGGUCAUCAACGACUAUAUCCAUAUCGAUUUUAUCUCGAUCUUAUUCGAAGAGCAAAAAGAGAUCCAUCAAUCAUCAGUUUGGACAUGCCAAAGCUAAGACCCGUUGGAGGAACAAUAAUUGUGUACGACUGUCACGGGAUUGACCAGAAUCGUGCCCUUCAUAAUGAUGGCUAUCGCUGGGGUCGCUCCAAAGGUGUAAAACUAAUUCAGAGCGUUGGCAAUAGACUUGUGCGUACAUAUCAUUUUCUAUACGAUCCUAAUAAUCCAGCUGGAGAUCCGAGUUUUAAGAAGUACCGUUUUUCUUUGAAAGGCGAAAAUUAUGGCAUAAUGGUUAUGCAUUACAUUGGUGACGAAAAACAUGCGGCGGAUGUUUCAGCAAGAUGCAUGCGCAACAAUGAUCCAAUGGCGAUGUUAGCAUACAGUGAGGCACAACAAGGAGUUGAGGAUUUGCAUUCGUUACACUUGUUACCAUUACCUAUGCUUAAUGAACAUUCAUCUGAAGAAGAGCGAAGCAAAUUUCGUCAAACUUUGUUGUCCAAUAUUCAGGGUCUUCAACGGCAGCUAUUGUAUGAAAAUGAGGAAACCUUUGUGGAACGGAUUGAGUGUGAUGAUUCUGGUGUGAGUAUGAUUUAUCUGUUUUGUUAUCCGUUGGUAGAGCAGCUAAUUGCUGUAUCAGGUUAUUUACAACAAGGUACUCCGUUCCGUACUGUUCAGCUUUUCUACCAUACUGAACCAGUCACUAUUGAUUACCAUCUUUCCACGCUUGCGUUUAUGCAUCCAUUUUUUGAAGGUGACCAAGUAUUACCCAUAGCUUUCAUGGUCAGCUCGACUGCAUCGCCGGAUCAUUGUGAUGAUCACGACAGUUUUUUAUCAACGUUAUACGAAAGAUUUAAUGAACUUCUUAAUGGACGUUUUGUGAUUAUCACUGGCCAGAGUCUUUGUUUUACCCCAGAUGCUUUUCCGAUUGCCGAACACAUCCGAUGCUGGGAUGAUUUCAAAAGAGUCAAACUCAGUUAUAUUGAAACCAUUUUUGGAGGAGCUAAUUUGAAUGAAUAUGCCAGUGAUAUGAAUAUUUUGAUGAGCUGUACCUAUGAGAAACUUUUCGACGAAAUGUGGGGAAAAAUAAGUGCAUGCAAACGUUAUACAGAGCGACCAGAUGUGUACAGUUACUUUGAUAAUGUUUGGAAUGAUUUUAAAUUUACGAGUUCCAUUUGGCAUUUAAAGAACUGUGGUGUUCCAGAUGCUGACAAGGGUAUAACAUGGCGACCAUGUAAAGGUUUGAGUAAGCUUGUUUCACAGCUCUGCGAUAGCAACGCUCUGCUUGAUACUAUUAUUAUAUCAGUGUUUUUAUUGUCAAAUGUAUACCGAAGAUUAUUUAUUGCGGGGUUACACCAAUCAGGUGCAUGGCGAUUGAAGAAAUGUUACAGAGAGCGCUUUCAGCAGAGUCAUUUGAAGUUACCCAAAUUACCAUAUGCACCAGCCAUGGAAAAUAUUGUUAUGACCGCAUUCAGCAUGUGUCCAAAUCGUUCUUACAAACGGUUGUCACAUGAUGGAAUAAAUGAUUGUUCAACAUUAUCGACGUGUCUUGAUAAUGAGUAUCAAAAUCACACUAGUUCUUUUACUAACCAAAUUGAUUUACCUUCUACAAGUUCUCUGUUCUGGGAAGGACAUGCUGCUGGAUCAAAUUAUGAGUUUAUUAUCGAUACCGAUGAUUCGCGCUUGCCAUAUUCUAGAAACGCUUAUGUACGUCUCGUUAGUCCAAUGACUUUCGCGGUUCGUGCAAGAGAUGGUUCACCGCAUGUCGUAGAGGCGACACAUCGUGAUGAUCUCGAUUCAUUGCAGUGGUACUGUAGUUGCGGACUGAGGCAGCGAUGCAGUCAUAUUGCUAGUGUUAUGGCAAAAAUUGUACGUUUAACGUAUUUGAAUUUUUUUCAGUCAGAAGAUUAA